AAUUUAAGACGAGGAGACAUACUUCGAGGUAAUGAAAUGUAACCGAAUGCAUUCAGUUUUAAUUGCAACUUCCAGUCGUAAAGUUCAGUAAAGUAGUGAUUAUGUUGCCGAAAGAUGUAAGCGCUAAGAAUGCUGGCGAGAACGCGGCAAAAAUUGAAAGUCCACGUUUGGGCGUGCGGCACUUGCAAAGUAUGCUGAUAUUCUUUGGACUCUGCGUCGUGUUCAUGUUGCGCGUCAAUCUCUCGGUGGCUAUUGUGGCAAUGAUGGAUCGCAAUGCUACAAACCCCGAUUUUCCGGAGUAUGCCUGGUCGGAGCAAACGAAAUCGCUGCUACUCAGCAGCUUCUUUUGGGGUUACUUCUCGACACAAAUACCGGGUGGUCAGUUGGCACAGCGUUUCGGCGGUAAAGUGAUGUUGCUCUUCAGUGUUGGCAUUUCCGCAUUUCUCGCCUUAUUCACACCGUUUAGCGCCAAAUUGGGCGAUUGGCAACUGAUGUGCGCACUGCGCUUUCUUCAGGGUUUCUCACAAGGUGUCAUAUAUCCGUCGACGCAUACGAUUUUAGCCAAAUGGGCGCCACCAGCUGAACGUGGCGUGCUUGCAACACUUUGCUUUUCCGGCUCGCAGUUCGGCACCAUUGUCAUGUUGGGCGUUAGUGGUGCUUUGGCCGCCUCGAAGUAUGGCUGGCCGAGCAUUUUCUAUUUGUCUGGCUGUUGUGGCAUUAUCUGGUCUUUUGUGUGGCUGUUGUGGGGUGCCGAUUCACCGCGUCAAUCGAAAUUAAUUACGUCACAGGAGCGUAAUUACAUCGAAUCAGCAUUAGCUGAGGUAUCGAAGUGUGCGAUCGAUGAGACCGCAGCUAAGUUGCCGACACCUUGGUUGCGCAUAUUCACAUCGGUGCCAUUUUGGAUGCUACUCAUCGUAAAUUGUUCCUACAAUUGGGGCUAUUGGACGUUUAUGACGCAAAUACCCACGUACAUGAAAAGUGUGCUCGGCAAGGAUAUCCAAAGUAAUGCAUUGCUCUCUGCCCUACCAUAUACCGCUAAUCUGUUGCUCGGUUUGGGUUUCUGUGCCAUAGCUCAGGUGCUGCUCUCAGCGCAAGUGUUGAGCACGAAUGCAAGUCGUAAAAUCUUCAACACCAUCGGCAUGUGGAUACCGAUGGCGGCAGCCAUAGCUUUGGGGUUUGUAAACGCCGAUAAUGCCGAUUUGGCUGUUAUCCUACUAACUGUGGCUGUGGGCACCAACUCGGCCACGUUUUUGGGUGCUUUUGUGAAUCAUAUUGAUUUGUCACCGAAUUUCGCCGGCACUAUGAUGGGCAUUACCAACUGUGCUGCCAAUGUGAUGAGCAUUAUUGCACCGUUAGUUGUUGGUGUGAUUGUAACAGAUACGACGAACUCGACACAGUGGCGCUUCGUUUUUAUGAUUAUGGCUUUGUACUAUUUCGUUGGCAAUUUACUUUUUAUUACCUUCGGUAGCACGAAAUUGCAGCCGUGGAACCAGCCGGUGGAGCGUCACGAGAAUCAAGAGCAUAUCAAAUUUCGUGUAGUAGCAGGUGAUCAGGAGCAUAUCUAAUCUUCACAUGUCUUACCGAAUGACGAAAGCGUCUGUUAGCGUUUUGGUUAGCAAAUAAGCAGAGACGGUGCGUAAUAGUAGAUUUGUAAUGUCACAUAAACGUAUUAGUUAUAAGAAUAAAAAUUGUUGUCUUUUUUUGUUGUUUUUUGUCUAAA